GGCUCGGGAGCCGGGCCGGGGCCGGGGCGGGAGCCGCGGGACGAGCGCCUGAGGUGCUGUGGAGACGCCAUGGAGCUGUGCAGCAAGAAGAAGCUUCACGCCCUGUCCCUGGCCGAGAAGAUCCAGGUGCUGGAACUGCUGGAUGAGUCCAAGAUGUCCCAGUCGGAGGUGGCCCGGCGCUUCCAGGUCUCCCAGCCCCAGAUCUCCCGCAUCUGCAAGAAUAAGGAGAAGCUGCUGGCGGACUGGUGCAGUGGCACGGCCAACCGGGAGCGCAAACGCAAGCGGGAGUCCAAGUACAGCGGGAUCGAUGAGGCUCUGCUCUGCUGGUACCACAUUGCCCAGGCCAAGGCCUGGGACGUGACGGGGCCCAUGCUGCUCCACAAAGCCAAGGAGCUGGCCGACAUCAUGGGCCAGGACUUUGUGCCCAGCAUCGGCUGGCUGGUCCGCUGGAAACGCCGAAACAACGUGGGCUUCGGGGCCCGCCACGUAGUGGCGCCUCCGUUCACCCCUGAGCCGCCUCCCCCAGCUCCCACGCCUCAGGCCCAGCUGCCUCUUUCUCUUAAAGAUUUCUCCCCAGAGGACAUUUUUGGGUGUGCUGAAGUGCCCUUGCUAUAUCGGGCAGUGCCCGGCAGAGUGGGUGUGUGUGAUCGGGUACAGGUGCUGCUGUGUGCCAACAGCAGGGGCACAGAGAAACGGCGGGUGUUGGUCAGUGGGCUCCAGGCUGCCCCAAGAUGCUUCUUUGGGGUCAGCAGUGAGACCCUGCCCGCCUCCUACCACCCUGACCUGGCCAUCCCUUGGUCAGAAUGGUUGGCACAGUUUGAUCGGGACAUGGGGCGGCAGGGCCGACAGGUAGCCUUGCUGCUGGCUGCCCGAGUGGUGGAGGAGUUGGCAGGCCUGCCCGGGCUCGGCCACGUGAAGCUCUUGCCUCUGUCCGCUGCUAGCACCACGCCUUCCCUGCCCAGCUCCGUGGUCCAGGCCUUUAAGGCCCAUUACCGGCGCCGUCUGUUGGGCAAGCUGGCUGCCGCCCAGAGCGAGAGGGCUGGCACAUCGCUAGCUGAGGCCGGGGCAGGCAUCACAGUGCUGGACGCUCUACACAUGGCAGCAGCGGCCUGGGCCAAGGUGCCUCUCCAGCUCAUCGUGAGCAGCUUUGUUCAGGAAGGGCUGGCUCCAGGCAAAACGCCCCUGGCCCCGCACAAAGCCUCGGAGAUGCCACCCGUCCCCUGUGGGCUGAGCCUCGAGGAGUUUUCCCGCUUUGUGGACCUGGAGGGUGAGGAGCCUGUGUCUGGAGGGUGCAAAGAGGAGGUGGGCACUGAAGACCAGGAGGGGGGCGGAGAGGACGGUUUCGAGCCCCUGCCCACCAAAGCCGACGCCCUCCGGGCUCUGGGCACGUUGAGGAGGUGGUUUGAGUGCAAUGGCACCGCCCCUGAGCUAUUUGAAAAUUUCUACGCCUGUGAGGAGGAGGUGGAGCGACUCUGCUGCCUGUGAAGGGCCCUUCCAGCCGGCACCCCCUCCUCUCCUGUUUCCCAUGGAAACGCCCUCUCUCAGAAGGCAGAUGGGGGGCUGGUCUCUUUCCCGUGGAAAUGGAGCUUUUGUGAAAGGUGUUGAAGGGAGACAAGUUGGGAGACUAAGUCUAAGCUCUGAGCGAAAGUUCUCCAAGCCCUGAGAAGAGGGUCUAAAGAUGGGGUGUCAGGGAGUGAAGCUAGGCUGCGUAGUUUCUGAACCUCUGUGGAGUCAGGGACUUGGGAAGGUGGAAUUUGGGCUUUACA